CGAAUAGCGUUUUCUCUCGAUCCAAACGCUGCAGAGAAAAUUUGAUCAUUUGAAUACCGGUACAAACGCCGCGUCACCUUCGCUUACUAUCAUUUCCCCCUCUCUUCCUUCUUAUAUAUCUAAGACUCUCAAAGAAUUUCCUGAGAAACAAACAAAACUUAGCCUAUCAGAAACAGAAAGUGCAGGGCGGAAGGUUAAAUAGAUAGGGAAAGUCCUUUCCAAUCAACCGCCGUGGUAGAUAGAAGUUUCUGUGUUUAUCCACUUGCCUCGUUUUUAGCAAUAACAAAUUGAAAAGUUUACAAGCGGAUUAGGUUGAAAAGAUUUCCUCAAGAAAAAUUUAUUUGGUUAUAGUUUGGGUUUUAUUCUUUUUAAUUUUUUGCGUUUCGAGAACCAAAAUGAUGAGUAGUCAGCAGCAAGAACAGCAAUCACGGAUUUUCUACGAGCUAUCAGCUCUAGUUCUCAAUCUGCUUCGUUCGCCUAUUCCCUUCUCUGACCAGUCUGGUGCGAUUCCUUCAGAUUCUUCUAGGAGGAGAUCAUCGGCGCCUCCACAGAUCUCACCGGCGGGGUUCGCGUCGCUGAUGCUGGGGAUUUCGCUGUCUUUGAUGCUGUGUGGAUCAGUGACGUUCUUUAUUGGGUUCAUGUUGAUGCCUUGGGUUCUUGGAUUUGUUAUGCUUCUUUAUGUGGCUGGGAUUGUUUCUACCAUCUCCAUGUUAGGCCGUUCCCUUUUUGGCUGCGCUUUGGCCCCUCCUUCUCCUCGAAAGGAGAUUCCUGCAUGGAAACUUUUGUGAAGAUUAAGAGUUUGUCUAAAAAGUAACAGGAGGACUCUGCAGCACUUUUAUUCUAGUUAGGUGCUGCUGCUAGAGACAUACGGGCAGUAGAAAAUUACCCAGCUUUUUAAGUAUUGAAGCAGGAAAUGUGAAUAACUGUUGUUCCUGAGGACUGAAAAUUUGUGGAUAUGGCUUCUUUAUCGAGUAAAAAUAGUGAAUUGUUGAAGUUUUUAUGAACUAAUAUUGUAAUGAAUUCCCACGGUUGAGAAGAAAUGGAGGAUUAUCCCCAUUUUCUCUGUAAUAUUCAAUUUCUAUUUGAUCUA